CCCAUCUCAAAUGUUCUUGGAGACACAAAAUAUCAUAAACAUAUAAACAUAAACGCCAAUCGCAGCUUUUGUACUUUUGGCGGUUUACAAUGGAGAAAGGUUUGACGAUGUCUUGUGUUUUGGUGGUGGUUGCAUUCUUAGCCAUGGUUCAUGUCUCUGUUUCAGUUCCGUUCGUAGUGUUUCCUGAAAUCGGAACACAAUGUUCUGAUGCUCCAAAUGCUAACUUCACACAGCUUCUCAGUAACCUCUCUAGCUCACCUGGCUUUUGCAUAGAAAUUGGCGAGGGAAAUCCAAUAGGCGCUUCAUGGUUAAUACCACUUACACAACAAGCGGAAGUAGCGUGUGAUAAGGUGACGCAGAUGGAAGAGUUGAGUCAAGGAUACAACAUUGUUGGAAGAGCUCAGGGGAGCUUAGUGGCUCGAGGCUUAAUCGAGUUCUGCGAAGGUGGGCCUCCUGUUCACAACUAUAUAUCCUUGGCUGGUCCUCAUGCUGGCACCGCCGAUCUUCUUCGGUGUAAUACUUCUGGCUUAAUUUGUGACAUAGCAAAUGGGAUAGGCAAGGAAAAUCCCUACAGCGACUUUGUUCAAGAUAAUCUUGCUCCUAGUGGUUAUUUCAAAAACCCUAAAAAUGUGACAGGGUACCUGAAAGACUGUCAGUAUCUACCUAAGCUUAACAAUGAGAGACCAUACGAAAGAAACACAACUUACAAAGACCGUUUCGCAAGUUUACAGAACCUGGUUUUUGUCCUGUUUGAGAACGAUACGGUUAUUGUUCCAAAAGAGUCAUCUUGGUUCGGGUUUUAUCCGGAUGGUGACUUAACACAUGUUCUCCCUGUUCAAGAGACAAAGCUCUAUAUAGAAGAUUGGAUAGGUCUGAAAGCAUUGGUUGUUGCUGGAAAAGUGCAGUUUGUGAAUGUAACCGGUGACCACUUAAUAAUGGCGGACGAAGAUCUCGUCAAAUACGUCGUACCUCUUCUCCAGGAUCAACAGUCUGCCCCACCAAGACUCAACCGCAAGACCAAGGAGCCCUUGCAUCCUUAAAAUGAGCAAAUAGUUCAAUCGCUAUACUAAUUCAUCCAAUGUCGAAUAAGCUCAGUGAUGAUUGUGUGACACAAUAAUCCUUCUUCUUAUAUGAAUAAUAAAAGCAUACUAUCUGAAUAAAUUGAAUUAAUCAAU